AUGAGUGUCCCUGACUACAUGCAAUGUGCCGAGGACCACCAGACUCUCCUCGUGGUGGUGCAGCCUGUGGGCAUUGUCUCGGAAGAGAACUUCUUCAGGAUCUACAAGAGGAUCUCCUCCGUGAGCCAGAUCAGCGUGCGGGACUCCCAGCGGGUGCUCUACAUCCGCUACAGGCACCACUACCCACCGGAGAACAACGAGUGGGGCGACUUCCAGACCCAUCGCAAGGUCGUGGGCCUCAUCACCAUCACAGACUGCUUCUCGGCCAAGGACUGGCCUCAGACCUUCGAGAAGUUCCACGUGCAGAAGGAGAUCUACGGCUCCACGCUCUACGACUCCCGCCUCUUUGUCUUUGGGCUGCAGGGGGAGAUCACGGAGCAGCCGCGCACCGAUGUGGCCUUCUACCCCAACUACGAGGACUGUGAGGCGGUGGAGAAGAGAAUCGAGGACUUCAUUGAAUCCCUCUUCAUUGUGCUCGAGUCCAAGCGUCUGGACAGGGCCACAGACAAGUCCGGGGAUAAGAUCCCCCUCCUCUGUGUCCCGUUUGAGAAAAAGGACUUUGUGGGACUGGACACAGAUAGCAGACAUUACAAGAAGCGGUGCCAGGGGCGCAUGCGGAAGCAUGUGGGAGACCUGUGCCUCCAGGCCGGGAUGCUGCAGGACUCUCUGGUGCAUUACCACAUGUCCGUGGAACUUCUCCGCUCAGUCAAUGACUUCCUGUGGCUCGGAGCUGCCCUUGAAGGGUUAUGUUCCGCGUCUGUCAUCUGUCACUAUCCUGGUGGAACUGGGGGUAAGACUGGAGCUCGCAGGUUCCAGGGGAGCUCUCUCCCUGCUGAAGCAGCCAACAGACACCGACCAGGGGCACAAGAAGUUCUCAUUGAUCCAGGUGCCCUCACAACCAAUGGCAUAAAUCCCGACACCAGUGCUGAAAUUGGACGUGCUAAGAACUGUCUGAGUCCCGAGGACAUAAUUGACAAAUAUAAGGAGGCCAUUUCCUAUUACAGCAAGUACAAGAAUGCCGGAGUGAUUGAGUUAGAAGCGUGUGUCAAGGCUGUGCGAGUCCUUGCCAUUCAGAAGCGGAGCAUGGAUGCUUCAGAAUUUCUCCAGAACGCGGUUUACAUUAAUCUUCGACAGCUCUCCGAAGAAGAAAAAAUCCAGCGAUACAGCAUCCUCUCUGAGCUCUACGAACUGAUUGGCUUCCAUCGGAAGUCCGCGUUCUUCAAGCGCGUGGCCGCUAUGCAGUGCGUGGCCCCGAGCAUCUCGGAGCCCGGGUGGAGGGCCUGCUACAAGCUGCUCCUGGAGACGCUUCCCGGCUACAGCCUGUCGCUGGACCCCAAGGACUUCAGCAGAGGUACACACCGAGGCUGGGCUGCUGUCCAGAUGCGUUUGCUUCACGAAUUGGUCUACGCCUCCCGAAGGAUGGGGAAUCCUGCUCUUUCCGUCAGGCACUUGUCCUUCCUGCUGCAGACCAUGCUGGAUUUUUUGUCCGAUCAGGAAAAGAAAGACGUGACUCAAAGCCUGGAGAACUACACGUGCAAAUGUCCUGGGACCAUGGAACUCCUCACCCUCCCAGGUGGGCCCACCCUGCCUCCAGUGCCCUUCACCAAGCUUCCCAUCGUCAGGCGUGUGAAGCUGUUGAACCUUCCCGCCAGCCUCCGGCCACAGAAAAUGAAAAGCUUGCUGGGUCAGAACGUGUCGACCAAGAGCCCCUUCAUCUACUCACCAAUUAUCGCACACAACCGUGGAGAAGAGCGGAACAAGAAAAUAGAUUUCCAGUGGGUUCAAGGAGACGUGUGUGAAGUUCAGCUGAUGGUCUACAACCCGAUGCCGUUUGAACUCCGAGUUGAAAACAUGGGACUCCUCACCAGCGGCGUGGACUUCGAGUCUCUCCCCGCGGCGCUCUCCCUUCCGGCGGAGUCUGGUCUUUACCCAGUGACUCUCGUUGGGGUCCCACAGACGACUGGAAUGAUUACUGUGAACGGUUACCAUACCACGGUCUUCGGCGUCUUCAGUGACUGUCUGCUGGACAACCUCCCGGGAGUGAAGACCAGUGGCUCCACGGUGGAGGUCAUUCCCGCCCUGCCCAGGCUGCAGAUCAGCACCUCACUGCCCAGAUCUGCCCAUUCCUUGCAACCCUCCUCUGGUGAUGAAAUCUCUACUAAUGUGUCCGUCCAGCUUUACAACGGGGAGGCUCAGCAACUCGUCAUCCAAUUGGAAAAUAUUGGGACGGAGCCACUGGAGACACUGGAAGUCACCUCCAGACUUCUCACCACCAAAGAAAAACUGUAUGGUGACUUCUUGAGCUGGAACCUGGAAGAAACCCUUGCCCAGUUUCCUCUGCAACCUGGGAAGGUGGCCACUUUCGUCGUCAACAUCAAGGUGAAACUGGAUUUCUCAUGCCAGGAGAAUCUCCUCCAAGACCUCAGUGACGAUGGAAUCAGCGUGAGUGGCUUUCCGCUGUGCAGUCCCUUUCGACAGGUCGUUCGGCCUCGAGUGGAGAGCAAGCCUGUGAAUGCCCCUGAAGGCGGCAAACCAGGAGACCCGAGCCACAUGAAGACCUUGGAAGCUAUCCUGAAUUUCAAAUACUCUGGAGGCCCGGGCCACGCUGAAGGGUAUUACAGGAACCUGUCCCUGGGGCUGCACGUGGAGGCUGAGCCGUCUGUGUUCUUCACCCGAGUCACUACUCUGCCGGCGACCAGAAUGGCCAUUCAAGUGGACAAGUUCAGCUUUGAGAGUUUCCCAGAAUCCCCUGGGGAGAAGGGACAGCUUGCAAAUCCAAAGCAGCUGGAGGAGGAGAGGCAGGAGGCCCGCGGCUUGGAGAUCGACAGCAAGCUGGACGUCCACUGGAGAAUCCCGUCUCUGAAGCGCACCGGCGAGGCGAGCGUGGAAGGGCUCCUGAGCCAGCUUGUCCUGGAGCAUCUGCAGCUGGCCCCGCUGCAGUGGGAUGUGCUGGUGGACGGACAGCCAUGUGACUGUGAGGCUGCAGCCUGCCGGGUGGGCGACCCUGUGCGUCUGGAGGUGCGGCUGACCAACCAGAGCCCGCGCAGCGUGGGGCCCUUCGCCCUCACCGUGGCCCCCUUCCAGGACCACCAGAAUGGCGUGCACAACUAUGACCUGCAUGACGCCGUCUCCUUCGUGGGCUCCAGCACUUUCUACCUUGACGCGGUGCAGCCCUCAGGCCAGUCGGCCUGCCUCGGAGCCCUGCUCUUCCUGUACACGGGUGACUUCUUCCUCCACAUCCACUUCCACCAGGACAGUGCGAGCAAGGAGCUGCCGCCAUCCUGGUUCUGCCUGCCCAGCGUGCACGUGCGGGCCCUGGACGCACAGGCCUGA